GUGAAAGUGUUUUAACACCAUCCGUAAUUGUGACCGUUGCUUCAGUAGGCUGCCAAGACUAGCCUACAUCUUGAUGUAAAAUAAGGCAGAAUCAAUGGAGCCUCAUUUUGCUGGGGUUUCUAACGUCAGUAUCUCAGCACAGAAUGGCAGCAACAUUUCAGCGCCUGUGUUAUCAAACCUAAGGGUCACAGGAAACAUAAACAUAACGAAUUAUUUUACAGAAUCUGCAGCUGAAAUCACAGAUACGACCACAUUGAUCACAGAAUACAAGAAGUCUAUACUGUCCGAGUAUGCAUACUUGACAGAAUACACCUCUCGUGCUGGUGAACAGGUGCUGCUGAAUGAUCGUUACAUUGACCCGAUGAUUGUUCAGAGACACAAUGAAAGAGAAGAGAAAGAGCAGGAGAUGCGUUCAAGAGGGGAAAAGUUCUUCAGCUUCAGAACCAACCAGUGUACCAAAAACAUCAGCCUUGAUCGAUUUUUUAGUCCAGAAAGCGAGGCUCACAAAGACGUGCCGAGAGCUGUUAUUCUCCAGGGAGACUCUGGAAGCGGGAAAUCCAUCACAGCUCAGAAGAUCUUUCUCGACUGGGCCUCCGGAGAGCUUUACGCUGGACUCUUUGAUGUGGUGUUUUAUCUCAGAUGCCAAGAGCUCAAUAAUCUUUCCGGUGAGAUGAGUCUGGCGGAAAUCUGUGACUGCAGUUUAACUCCAAACGAGAUUGCUCAGAUCUUAAAGGACACAUCACGGAGAACCUUGUUCAUUGUCGAUGGCUUUGACGAACUCAUUUUGUCUGCGCCCAAAGACUCACUUCCACCAAAACCAGACAUCAAAGGCCGUCCGUCGACCAUCCUCUGCUCUCUUCUUAAAGGAAGGAUGAUGAGAGAUUCCUGUAUGCUGGUCACUACAAGGUCAGCAGCUGUGGAUAAUCUGCAGGGUGUUCUUAAAAAGCCUCAACGUUUCAUGGAGAUCUUGGGUUUCUCAGAGAAAGGAGUAAUUGAGUACUUCCAAAAGUUCUUUGAGGAUGAAGAGUUCUCCAAACAAGUUUACGAGCAGGUGAAAGUGCACGAGAUGCUUUACACCGUUUGCUUCAUUCCUGUCUUCUGCUGGAUCGUCUGCACAAUUUUUAAGAAGAAAGGGAAAGACGGCGUCAGAACGAGCGAGCUGACCACCACCACCUCUAUUUUUGUUGACUUCAUGUUCACAAUCUUGAAACAUCAUUGUAAUUUAGAUCGUGAGAAAGAGUUUGACCUCCUCAAGAGUCUGGGCCAGCUAGCAGAAACUGGAAUGCCGAAACGUCAAAUCCUGUUUCACAGAAGCAGUCUUCCGAAAGCAAUCUCAGAUGUUCCGAACAUUCCCUUUUUGUGCACGUUUCGCCAACAGGACAGAACAUUCCUCAAAGAGAUGUUUGGGUUUAUGCACCUCAGCUUUCAGGAAUUCUUCUGCGCUCUCUCCUACAUGUUAACAGACAAAUCACGAGUGAAAAUAACAGUUAAGGAACUUCUUGAAUCAGCUGGCAAUGGGAGGUGCAACAACCAUCUCUUACCUGUAAUCCGGUUCCUCUUUGGUCUCUCCAACAAGAAGGUGAGCCGUCUUUUCAUGGGGAACAACAGCGGUCGACAUCUACCUUCAUUCGGGCGCAGCUGGAGAAGUGGAUCAGCAGAGUGUUACUGA